GAAAGCCUGCUAUGCUCGGCAUUGAAAACACUGGAGACGCGGAGCUCGUAUGAGUUGUUUGGAAUGCGAAAGAAAGUCACCCGAGGCGAUGGACUUCGUUGAAUGUGCCACUAGCAGUUUUGGUACGGUCGUCAUGAGCAAAGGUCCGUCUACCGUACCUGUAGCUGAACAGACUCAUCUAGGAAAUUCGCCUUCUCUAUCCUAGAGCCGCCAGUUCCACACCCCAUGAAAAUCUAUUGAGGCUCUGCCAAAAUCCUCCCAUAACGUCACUCGCAAGGAUCCAACCCAUUCGAAGCAACAAAGUGGAUCUCCGCUCCGACACACUAGCUCAGCCCUACCAACACCCCCCGAAGUCCACCACCAAAGUUGUGACCAAACCACCCACCCCGAGCAAAAUGCCCUCCAACCCACCGCCCGUCUACGGCCUCGCCGUCACCCCCCUAACCCAAUGCACCCACUGGCACACCCCGCUCGACAUAAUCGCCAUCAAGCACUUCUGCUGCCAGAAAUUCUACGCCUGCAUCAGCUGCCACGACGCCCUCGAGACGCACAAGUCGGGUGUGUGGCCGGCGAGUCAGCGCGAGCAAGAAGCAGUGCUGUGUGGAGCGUGCAAGCACGUGCUCAGCGUGGCGGAGUAUAUGGGGUGUGGGAGUCGGUGUACGAGGUGUGGCGAGGGGUUUAAUCCGGGGUGUAAGAAUCAUUGGGAUUUGUAUUUUGAGCUUGGGGAGGGUGAGGUAGGGUCUUGUGGGAGGGGUUAGGGAUUGGGCGGUGGUGGUGA